AUACUGCCCGUUGGACGGGGUCAAAUGUCCACGGUGCCCGAGGGCAGUAGUGAUGAGGAUGGAGCCGGUGGUAGUGCAAUUCCCGAUGUGGAACGAUUCACCGGUGUCGGAAUCCGUGUGAGUUUUACCGGGGACUCGGCUGAUAUGCGUGACAUGAACCAGUUGUCCGGGGGUCAAAAAUCCCUCGUCGCUCUGACCCUGAUUUUCGCGAUUCAGAAAUGCGAUCCGGCCCCGUUCUAUCUGUUUGACGAGAUUGAUGCCGCACUGGACGCGCAGUAUCGAAAAGCAGUGGCCGAUAUGAUCCGGGAUUUGAAAUCCGAGGCCCAGUUCAUCACGACCACAUUCCGACCGGAAUUGUUGGAAUCGGCGGAGAAAUUCUACGGUGUCAAAUUCCGGAACAAGGUAAGCCAUAUUGAAUGUGUAACCAAAGGAGAGGCUUUGGAUUUUGUCGAGGACGAUCAAACACACGGUUAA